UGCCCCGGUAGACACAGCAGCGCGAGGAUGCCGCCCACACCUACGCCUACGCCGCACUAACACGCCCGCCAGCAGCAGCAGCAGCAGCGCCGUGUAUCCCCCGCGGGCAGGAUGGGGAACAAAUUGUCUUGUUCAUGCGCCCCGCUCAUCAAGAAGACGGGAUACCGCUAUGAGGACUCACCGUGGAACCCGGCCCGCAGACGCGACGGCCACCUGCUCAGGCUCUGGGCGGAAGUGUUCCACGUGUCAUCGUCAGGAGCCGGAACAGUCAAGUGGCAGCAAGUGUCCGAGGAUCUGGUGCCGGUCAACAUCACGUGCAUCCAGGACACCCCGGAGUGCGUCUUCCAUAUCACCGCUUACAACUCCCAGGUCGAUAAGAUCCUCGAUGUGCGGCUAAUUCAACCAGGCACGCGGAUCGGCCAGGCGUCGGAGUGCUUCGUGUAUUGGAAGGACCCCGCCACCAACGACACCUGGGGACUCAACUUCACCUCGCCCAUAGACGCCAAGCAGUUCAGAGAAUGUUGCUCACCCUCCUUCAAGUUCUCCCGGAAGGCGUCCUCGUCCUAUUCGCUCAAGCUCGAGCCGGUGAGGGCGGGCGGCGGGAAGAACAAAGGCCGAAGAAAGCCGGUGUCGACGCCAGCAUCCCCCAGUCGCGCACGGGAACCCCAGUGCACGUGUAUGACGGCCGAACAGUACGCCAGACUACGUGCUCAGGACCCCAGGUUCAGAGAGGAGAAUUGGCAAGAUGAGAAAUGCAUUAGAUGCAAGUGCAAGCAAGGCAUUGGUGAGCUCACAGAAAACGAAAUGUCGGAAAAUGAUAUUGUAGAAAAUGGAUUCUUUGGCCAAAACGGGCACGUUCGGGCUGCCACCGAUUCCCCGCCCGAAGUUUAUGAUAAUCUUCAGAUUGAGAGAAGUUCAUCGACUUUGCCACGCACGCAGCAAGGUGGGAGAGGGGUGGUUGAAGGGCCCAACGCGCGGACGGCCAAUCAUGGGGCAGCCCAUACCACAGCCACUACCACUACUACCACCACCCAGGCUGGCACAUGUGACACUAUGGCCUCACGCCGCGGAGGGGCUGACAAUUAUGGCACACUCAAGGUCUCUGGCAACCGCGAGGGCCGUCAGCCGCCGUCGCACCACGCCUCCCACGCCUCGCUUGUCCACAAGUCAAGCAACGUCGGUUCUCUCGCUCGCAAAGACGAAGGCUCCGCCGGCGUUGCCAAUGACCGGGCCAACGAGAGCGCCACGGCCGGCAGCCGCGACAACCGCAGUCUCCGUGGCAGUCGCAGGGAACUCUCCUCCAAGAGCGUGGACUACUCCGAGAUGGACACAGUGCGGGAGACGGACACGCUGCGACGCCGCGCCCGGAGCAAGAGCACGGACGACGUGACAAAAGGUAAUUCAGACUUUGAGAAUAAUGUGGCAACCCCAAGUUCCCCAACCAGCCAGCUGCUGCAAGAAUAUGAAAUGCACCUUCGUAACACCCUGGCUAAAGGGAUGGAUGCUGAGAGCUAUAGUCUGCAUACCUUUGAAGCCCUUCUGACACAAAGCAUGGAAAACUUGGAAUCCAUCAUUGCGGAGUCACAGUCACGUCCAUCUUCAAGUGGCACACCACAACAGUCCUCUAGUGGGACGCCUCGCCAGUCAGCAAUUCUGCGGUCCCCCCCAGCCCAUGGGUCUGGAACAACUAGAGAGUCAGCAGCGAAAGUCUAUGACCAAAGGCGGCGUGUGAAGUUGAUAAGCGAGAUCAAACGCAUUCACAAGAAAUACCAAGCUAAGCAGAGCUCUCCUUAUACUAGUGAAGAAAUAUCAACUAUUCGUUCAAGCACCAAUGGAGUCGUUAAGUCAGAGAUUUUAGGGAGCCUCAACAAACAUGGGAUGCUGCCAGCCAGUGUUCGAGGGUCAGAAAGAUCCUUACCCACAGCGACACUUCGGGAUGACCGUGAUCAUAGUGGCUACUUUAGUGACCGUAAUGACAGUUAUGGGAGUCGACGUGAUUUGUAUGACCGUGGCUAUAUGAGUGAUCAUGAACGCAGGUUUUAUGACAGACAAGAUAGCAUCCGGUCCGGCUACAUGAGUGACCGAGAGCGAGGCUACACCAGCGACAGGGACUCACGUGGUUACAUGAGUGACCGUGAGAGAGGCUACAUGAGUGACCGAGAACGGGGUUACAUGAGUGACCGAGAGAGAGGUUACAUGAGCGAUCGUGAGCGAGGUUACAUGAGUGAUCGCGAGAGAGGCUACACAAGCGACCGGGAAAGAGGCUACACAAGUGAUCGAGAAAGAGGCUACACAAGUGAUCGGGAAAGAGGCUACACAAGUGACCGAGAAAGAGGUUAUACCAGCGACCGUGAGCGAGGUUACAUGAGCGACCGAGAGAGAGGCUACAUGAGCGAUCGCGAACGUGGUUACAUGAGCGACCGCGAGAGAGGCUACAUGAGUGACCGAGAUUCACGAGGCUAUGCAAGCGAUCGUGAAAGAGGCUACGCCAGUGACCGUGGUGGCUACGGAAGCGACCGAGAAAGGGGCUACUCCAGCGACCGCGAGCACAAUGCCCUGGUUACUCAGGCCUCCAUGGAGAGUGCAGACUCGCGACUCUGCUACCUCACGUCGUCGGAGGUAAGUACCUGAAUACACUUUAUGCCUGUGUUGGGCUCAUGUUUAAAAAAAGACUUAGAAAACAUCUU